GUACUUACUUGUUUACAAAAUCGAGGUUAAUUAGUUCAUUAUUUUGACAGAUAAUUAUUUGAUUUCAUUGAUAUUAAUUUAUCCGUAUGAUUUGCGAGCCUGUCAUUUUUGUUUCGAAAAAGGUCUUGUUCACAGUUGAGACUCUCUCAGGUCUUAACUCUUAAGAGAGUUACUCGUUCAGAAUUCGACAAUCCCCGAAGCAACACUCUCCAAUUCCAAAUAAUCGGUCCCACUAAGAAACAACCACGAAACAACGCCACGCCGGAGUUUCAUCGGUGCUGCCAAAACCGUACAAUAGAACCCAACUUGUCUCUUCUUCAUUCAUUCAUCAUCUAACAUCUAAACUCUAUUUUAGGUUUUCAAUCCAAAAUCAAACUCUUCUUUUAGCCGAUGCAAAAAAUCAACAUAAACAUAUAGAUACAUAUAUAGAUAUAGAUGUAUUCCAGCAAUUUGAUUGGCUUCAUUUUAGCCGUGUUUUCCGGCGCUUUCAUCGGCUCCAGUUUCAUCAUAAAGAAAAAAGGUCUUCAACGGGCCGGUCUUAACGGCACUCCUGCUAGUGUCGGAGGAUAUGGUUAUCUUCUUCAACCUCUUUGGUGGAUCGGAAUGAUUACCAUGAUUGUUGGAGAGAUUGCGAAUUUUGUAGCAUACAUUUAUGCUCCGGCGGUGCUUGUUACCCCGCUCGGUGCUUUGAGUAUUAUUGUUAGUGCUGUUUUGGCUCAUUUCAUGUUGGGUGAGAAGUUACAGAAAAUGGGCAUGCUUGGGUGUCUUCUAUGCAUUGUCGGAUCCACUGAGAUUGUGCUCCAUGCACCCCAAGAAAGAGCUCUUAAUUCUGUGCUAGAAAUAUGGCUUUUGGCUGUUCAACCAGCAUUUCUCUUGUACACAGCCUCGGCAAUUGCUGUAGCAUUCUUUUUGAUUUUGUAUUGUGCACCUCGCUAUGGCCAAACUAAUAUCUUCAUUUAUAUUGGAAUAUGCUCCAUAAUUGGAUCCUUGACUGUCAUGAGUGUAAAAGCAAUUGGCAUUGCCAUAAAACUUACACUAGAUGGUGCAAACCAGUUUGUCUACUUCCAGACAUGGAUUUUUACAAUGGUUGCCAUUUCCUGCAUCGUGACUAGUUUAAAUUACCUUAAUAUGGCAUUGGAUACUUUCAAUACAGCAGUCGUUUCUCCAAUCUAUUAUGCCUUGUUCACAUCUUUUACAAUAUUAGCCAGCGCAAUUAUGUUUAAGGACUAUUCUGGACAAAGUAUAAGCAGUAUUGCAUCAGAGCUAUGUGGUUUCAUCACUGUUUUAUCUGGAACAACUGUAUUGCACAGUACUAGAGUACCAGAUUCUCCAGCCAAUACAGAUGUGUACAGUCCCUUGUCUCCAAAAGUAUCAUGGUAUAUCCAAGGCAACGGUGAAUCUUGGAAACAGAAGGAUGAAGAUGGACCGCCCCUUAAUUUAAUUACGGUUAUCCAGCAAGAUCAUUUCAAGUGAUACUGAAAUCUUAAACUGGUAGAACAAUAAAUUAGAUCCAUUCAUUGCUAUCCUGCUAUUGAGUUAGACAGGGCCAUAUUUUUCUCAUUCUCAGAGCUCUUCGGCUUAGUUACACUAUGAAACAGAAAUGUGGCUGGCUUUUGUACAUUAAGCAAAAGAAAGGUAACUAUGUUAUAGGGUUUGGCUCUGUGAUCCCCAUCCAUUUGUGCAGCAAGGCAGAUAUAGUGUUUUUUUUUGUGUGGUAGCAUAUAUUCAAUGAAAGCUUGAGUUCUAUCAUCUGAAAUUGUGGAGAUAGUGUGUAUUCUAGUUUGUAUUAAUAGUAGUUGUUGUUGUACUACAUGUUGUUUGUUAAUUGUUUAGCUGUACAUUAAUAUUUAUUUUUUACCCUUUUUCUUUCCCCAUUAUACUCAUUUUAUUAUUUUAUUUAUGUCCCCACCUUGUAUUUUCAUAUUGUUAAGUUAACUGAAUUAUUUAAACAACAAAAUUAGCUACACAAUCCACUUGGGUUGUUCUUGUGACCUGA